GAGGUCCAAGUGAGAGGAGAAAUCCAAGUGAGAGGAGAAAUCCAAGUGAGAGGAGAUAUACAGCCAUCUUGGUGAAGCCGAAACGUAAUUGGUCAUCACAAAUCUUUCAAGUUACCCAGAGAGAGAGAUUGAGAGCAGAAUGAAGAUUCUAAUUAUCCUCGUCAUCUGCGGACUGAUAGACGUUACAAGAUCCAGCGAAUGCAUUGUGAGCCCAAACAACAUCAACCUGGCUCUUUUUGGGAGGGUCUGCCAGAGCUCUACCUUCGCCAGCGUCCCGCGCUGUGGGGCAGAUCGGGGGGUGGACGGCAUUUCUGAGACAGACAAUAAAAUAUCCCCCUGCGUCAUCACGAAACUGGAGUCGCAGCCCUGGUUUACGCUGGACAUGGAAGAGGGCUACUUGGUUGGUUUAGUGAGAAUCGUGCUAAGAACGGACGAUUGCUGGGAUUGCAUGAACGGUGUCCAGCUUCAAAUUGGCGAUUCUCCAGACCGCGACAACCCAGUAUGUGCCACCAUCACCGAGGUCUCGCGGGAAAAGCCCCUCCUGACGUUCUUCUGCAACGGGAUGCAGGGACGCUACGUGACGCUCAUCCACGCCGGCCACUCGGGGAUCAUAUCCUUCUGCGAGAUCAAGGUGUAUCAGCAUUUACCAGGAGAGCAGUUGUCUCAGGGAAUACCAGUCCAAGAGAGUUAAAGGGCAACUCCAACGCAACUGCUUUAUAAGCUUACCUAAAAUCAAACUUCUAAUGUUUUUUGGAUGGAGGGGGUGCAAGAUCCCCCAUCACUGUUUGCACCCCCUUUGGGGAAAUUCGCCUUCUAUUUGGAUCCAAACUUUGAGAAAAUCCAAAAUUUGACACCAGGACAGGAAUAAAGGGGUGGACAUUUGUUCCUAAAAGGAGAUUUAUCUCACUUCCUGUUGUGCCUACAGGACAGGAAGUGAAGGGAAAUUUCUCCUAUAAGUCACAUGGGGUAGUGCAUUUCCUACUCCAUCCAAAAUUAAAAUAAAAGUUUUGGCUUUAGAUUCACUUUAUAAUCUCUAUAAUCUGCAAAA